UACCCACCAGCACUUCUCUUAACAUCCUUCUCACCAAGGCUUUACUGUCUCCUGCACCAGCUGCUGCUGAAGGAGACAUCUUAAGGCGAAAGGACGUGGACAAACACAGCUGGACAUGGACAAAUAUUGUUUUGAACGCACGAGGAACCCAGUGGAGCACACACAACCUGCACGAGCCUCAAGGAGCUCCAGCAUGGACGAUGAAUGGGAAGAGGAGGAGCAGCUUGUCGUGGUGGAGCUCUCGGGUAUAAUCAACAAUGACUUUCUGUCCAAGUGUCGGGGCACAUGCAAGAUACUGGAUAUUGACAGCGAGAAGCCCAUGAUGCAGGUUGGACAAUAUGUGUUUGCAGGAGAAUAUGAAGAUGCUUUGGGGACUUGCGUGCUGUUUGAGGAGGGGCCACAGAAAGGAAAAGCCGACACCAGUCCAGAGCUGAAGUACACAUGCCACACUGUGAAGAAACUGAUGAUGCAACGAAUUUUCCUCACAGAGAAGAAAGAGGGUGAAACCAGCACAGCAGGAAGUGGUGAUAGUGCCGAACAGAGCGACGUUACCUGUCUGUCCAAUCAAGAAGAAAGUGUCAACCAACAGGGAGAGUCCGAAGAAGAUAUAGACAACACAGAUUUGGAAGAUUCAGCAGUGGGCUGAGAUAUGGAGGCUUCAGUAUGGCUAUGGACAUCUAAGUGGAGAGACACUAGCAUUUGUGACAUUGUGAGGGACACCAUGUCUGAAACAACAAUUUGUACAAUUCAGCAAUAAAAAGGAGAAGUAUCAGUUUUACUGUAAGUCUUGCACAAUGUGUCACAAUCCUUCUCCAGAAACACAUACGAUGCCUCUUGCUCGCUGAGCCUCAAAAUAGAUGAAUUUAGUAUUUGAUACACAAUAUAAAUACGGCUAAAUGACACCUAAAGGGAAAACGGGCUUCGUGUAAAUCCAUUCUUCGGAGGGGUCAUGGGAAAGGCAGUGGCUGCUUAGCAACAGGAAGUCCUGUCAUUGUGUGUGUGGUUCUCUGAUAUCGUCAGUUUUUUGUUUCCAUUGAUUAUGAUAAAUAUUUAACUAGCAGAAGUUACUUGAGCUGAAAGGUUAUAGUAGAGUUGUGCUCACUGAAGUGAAAAAAGUACAUGAAGUCCCUAUUUUUCCGCUUUUGUUAUUGGUUGGUUUUGUCAGUGACGAUUGAGUGUUAAAGCCAAAAGAAAUAAAGUGUUAAAGUUUGUUAAUUAAAUGAAUCGGGCUCAGUGAACAUGUCUUCUAGUACAUUUUUGAGCCUGCCUUUUUGUUGUUUUGAAUUUGCAUUUGUUUACAAAGUAAAAUGUAUGCAAAUCACGCAAAGGUCCCUAGUUCUACUGUGAAGUAAUAAAAUAAAUUGCAUUUCUAUUGCA